AUGUUAAGCAGUCUGGACGUCAGAGCGUUUCGACAAUACAUACCACCAAGAGAUACUCAACGAAGCAGGGAGCUGGCUAACUCCGAUGCUUAUCAAUGGGCGAAUAUUCGCUGUGCGGAACCGUUCAUGGAGAAGUGGAUGAGUACUUGGAAGGAACUGUACAUGGAGCCGUACCGGGGGAUUACGACGGACGGGAAAGUUCAACCUGAUUUAUUCCCUCUGGCUAUCCCUGGUCAAGAUCGAGGGGCUCCCACGGCGGCCAUGGUGGAUGCAGCACGGAGACUACUCAGUGCGGUGUCUCCGGUACAGAAAGCAAUUCUCGUUCACCCGAUCGGCGCUCCUGAAUGGCGCUCCUGGGCGAACCCUGAAAUCUAUAUCUUCAAGCACGGGCUGCGACUCGAAGAGGUGAAUGAAAACAUCAUUAUGAGAGUUUAUGACCUCAUGAAAGCUAGCCUUUCUCGCUCGGGAUACGCCAAAGCCCGUGGCUGCAUGAAAGUGAACGCAUUCCUGGGAGAAGUUGUCGAUGGCACCAAAGUCCUCAAUGAACAUUCAUAUAAUCUCCUUCUGUUCGGGACGCCUUCGUUGACUCUACCAUGGGGCUGGCAACUUUAUGGCCAUCAUCUCUGCAUAAAUUGCUUUGUAUUGGCUUCCCAAGUGGUGAUCUCUCCGGUUUUUAUGGGAGCAGAGCCAAAUAUCAUUGACGAGGGACCCGACCAAGGCACAGUUCUGUUUGCGGAGCAGGAAGCGCUCGGUGUUUCGUUGGUGCGCUCCUUUGAUAAACAGUUGUACGAACGGGUUCAAAUCUAUCAGGAAUUAUCCAGUCCACCGAUUCCGAGCUCCCGGUUCCACAGAGCUGACCAACGACAUCUGGGUGGUGCAUUCCACGACAACCGAGUGAUCCCGUACGAAGGGGUGCGGUGUAGUCUAUUCUCUCCAUCCCAACAAGAACAUCUUCGGGGGAUAAUCAGACUCACCCUCGAUUAUCUUCCGCCCAAGGCAUUAUCGGCACGUAUGGAAGAUAUUUCCACGCAUUGGGAUCAGACGUAUUUCUGCUGGAUUGGAGGCACUGACCCAGGCCGUCCCUUUUAUUAUAAGGUGCAUUCCCCCGUGGUGAUGAUCGAAUUUGACCAUCAUACGGGAGUCUUCCUGAACAACACAGAACCUCAGCCCUUCCACAUUCAUACCUUGGUUAGAACCCCCAAUGGAAAUGAUUAUGGAAAGGAGCUGCUUAGACAAUUUGAAAGGCUGCACAAGCCAUGA